AUGAAGGGAAUCAAACACUCGGGCAGACGAGGUCAAAGUCUUCCGAAGCGAGCUUUGGCCCUAUCAACACUACCAAAUGAUGUGAUACACAUCAUUUUCACCCACUUGACCAUACAAGAUCUACAAAACUUGUCAGUUUUAAACAGAGAGUACCGGGAGUUAUUAGUGCCGCAUUUGCUCUCUCGGGUGAAGGCUCAAUGGUACAAGUUGAUUGAUGAAAGUGAAGGCACCACUUCAGUCCUAAAAAAAUACAAAUACGUGAUACAUCAACUACGCAUAAUCGACUCGUUUCCAUACGGGGAUUGGCAGAUUGACAUUUUCCAAGAUGUACUUUACCAAUUACCCAAGCUACAGCAUCUUUUGAUAAACACGGUGAGUUCAUCGGGCUGGCUACGAUACCGAGCCAAUCAGACAAUUACCAAACUCACUCUCUAUUCAGAAGCAAAUGUCAACGACACACAGUCCCGACUCCAGCCACACAAUAAAGACAACGUGACGCGCAAAUUGAACACGUAUCAUCCACUACAAAUGUUCAACGUUGAGCAUUUGGAAAAUUUCAAAAUGCUUCAACACUUGGAACUUGAAGGGUAUCACAUAUCAUGGGAUCCUGGAUCCAUUCGAAUUCCGGUAUUGACAUUGACCUCAUUGACUUUAGUAGACUGCCAAUGGAACUAUCCAUUUGAAUUGAAACACUUCAACUACAACAACACGUUAGAGCACUUGAGUUUGCAAUUCAAAAAUGGGUCCACAUUUGAACAUUCAGAGCGGUUCCGUGACUUUAUCCUUAACCUUGGAGAGAGUGGUGGCCUUGAAAGUAUUGCCUCGCUUGAGCUUAUCCACAAUGAUGUGAAAGCCGAGACUCACCAUUUGAAUGUCGACGAAACAUUUCUCAAAAGAAUAUUGAGCGGUAAAGGUCUACCGAACUUGCGUCGGUUGGUAUUGAGGGGAUGGCGAGUCAAUUGUGCCUUUUAUUGGCAUCGAUUGGUUGAGAUCCUACAAAGUAAGCAGGAACUAACAGCUUUGGACUUUGAUGUUGUGAGUAGUUUUGGUUCUGGAAUUAACACUGGAGUCGUGAAAGAGUGGUGUCGGGAAAUGUGUCCAUGGAUGAAAGUUUGCUUAAAUGUUCGUGAGUUGCAAAAGGCGUGA